AGUGAGCCCUCUGGGCGGCCAGGACGACUUCCAGGUGUCCUGCGCCAAAGAGAUCGCUCUGCUGGCUCUGAUGGAGGAGACGGGCUACAACAUGGUGCAGGAGAACGGGCAGAGGAAGUACGGAGGGCCGCCGCCAGGCUGGGAGGGUCCGGUCCCCCCGAGGGGCUGCGAGGUGUUUGUGGGCAAGAUCCCCAGAGACCUGUACGAAGACGAGCUGGUCCCGCUGUUCGAGAGAGCCGGCCGCAUCUACGAGUUCAGACUGAUGAUGGAGUUCAGCGGAGAGAACCGCGGCUACGCCUUCGUCAUGUACACCACCAGAGAGGCGGCGCAGAGGGCCAUCCAGAUGUUGGACAAUCACGAGAUCCGUCAGGGGAAGUACAUCGGGGUGUGCGUGAGCCUGGACAACUGCCGCCUCUUCAUCGGCUCCAUCCCCAAAGACAAGAGGAAGGACGAGAUCAUGGAGGAGAUGACGAAGGUGACGGACGGCGUGGUGGACGUGAUCGUGUAUCCCAGCUCCACCGAUAAGAGCAGGAACCGGGGCUUUGCCUUCGUGGAGUACGAGUCCCACAAAGCGGCAGCCAUGGCCCGCAGGAAGCUCAUCCCAGGAACCUUCCAGCUGUGGGGUCACUCCAUCCAGGUGGACUGGGCGGAGCCUGAGAAGGACGUGGACGAGGAGGUCAUGCAGCGCGUCCGCGUCCUUUACGUGCGUAACCUGAUGCUGAGCACCGGGGAGGAGACGCUCCGCCAGGAGUUCUCCCGGUUCAAGCCGGGCUGCGUGGAGCGCGUGAAGAAGCUCACCGACUACGCCUUCGUCCACUACCGUUGCCGGGACGACGCCGUGGCGGCGCUCAGCCUCAUGAAGGGAGCGCAGAUCGACGGGGCCACCGUGGAGGUGACGCUGGCCAAGCCGGCGGGGAUCAAGGACGGGAGCAUGGCCGGGGGGAGGAGGUACAACAACAACAACAACAACAACAACCGGGGAUACCUGGGGAGCAACGCAGGAGGAGGAGAUAACGGGCCGUUUUUCCUGCACGGAAGCGACGGAGGGGUGAUGGGAGGAGCUGGGAGAGCCACGUCCACACCGACACACCUGGGAAGCCCCUUCUACUCAGCAGCAGAGGACCAGGACUGCUGCGUGUUCCCCCUGUUCCCCGGCACCCCGCUGUCGCCCACCAACGUGCUGAACCUGAAGCAGAGUCAGAUCUGCUCCGCCAUCAGUCUGCUCGACUUCUACUGCCACAAAAACCACUGGUCGCCGCCCGAGUACCACCUGUACUCCACGCCCGGCCCGGACGGGAAGCUGCUGCUCCUCUACAAGGUGGUGGUGCCGUCAACACGGAGCACUUACAUCCCAGACAAGCUGUGUGUGAUGCUGGACGACGCCAAAGAGCUGGCUGCUCAGACGACCCUGUGGAACCUGGACUCGUCCUUCCUGAGCGCUGCUUCCUGUGACUCUCCCAGCAGCCCCUCCCCCCCCCUCGUCCUCCCCCCCUCCACUAGUCCCGGGUUGCUGACCUGCGGCGGCAGAGCCUUCGCCUCCUGCCCCCCCCCUCCACCUCCUCCGCUCUCCCCCUUCACCCUGUCCUCCCUCCCCCCCCCCACCUCCCAGACACAGAGGCUCUACAUCAACUCCCAGUCUCCUUUCUACUGA